AUGCCUGGGUUAGAAAUUGAUUUGAAUGAUGAGCCACCUGAAUCUGGCGACUUGUUUCCCAUAGAUUGGGAUGACAUCGUUGAGUAUGAUGGGUCAGCAAACCAACUUGAUUAUGAUAUGGCUUGGGACGAUGGCAGCCAAGCAUUUGGCAAGCAAGGAGAUGAAGUUGAUGCUGCAAUAGGAGUGCAAGGGGAUGGAGCCGAUGGUCUGCAAGGAGAUGGAGGUGAUGCUACAGAACAUGUAGAAGAUGAUGCUGCAGCAUUUGACGAGCAAGGAGAGCAAGGUGAUGCUGCAACAGAAGGAGUGCAAUUACCUGAAGCCGAUGGUCUGCAAGGUGCAUCAACAAAUACAGGUGGUGCUUCAGGUUUCAGAGUACUCUAG